AUGCAGCCUAAGGACCUCAGCCCUAGCCCUAACCUGACGGCAGUCAAGGACUCGUCGACGACCGCUGGCGACAGUACCAAGGCGCAGAACGACGUACGCGACCCGGCGGACCCGGCCACGCACCACGACAAGGCCGCCGCCAGGGAGAACGUCGACGACACCACCGACGGGCUCGACGUCGGCGACAACCCGGACAAGCUGGACGGGCCCGGCCCGCGCCCGCUCGAGGAGGUCGCCAGAGACUACGGCGGCGACGCCGCCAAGGCUGCCCGGUCGGAGGACAGCAAAAGCACCAGCCACGGCGAGGGCACCGGCGAGCAGUACGUUAAGUCGUCCGGCCUCAAGGCCGACGGCGGCGACUUUGACGCGUCGGUUCCGGGCGCCGGCCGAGAGGCUGAUCGCCUCCUCGAAGAGAAAGACGUCCACAAAGACGGCCCCAACGGCAGCAUCGUCCCCAACACCCACGACCACAGCGCUAGCACCGCCGCGCCGGCUGCCCACACCAAUGGCUCGGCUGCCCACCCCAGCGGCGGCUCCCCCGCGUCGCCGAUCAAAGAGAAGACUAGCCUCAAGACCAAGAUCAAGGCUAAGCUGCACAUGCGCUCUUCUUCGUCGACCACGGCGGAGUAG